AUAGCAAUGGCAGUUCUAACCGUAUUACUGGUCGGUGUCCUUACCCUCGUCGCGUGGUGGGUGCACCAGAACUUCAACUACUGGAAGCGGCGGGGUAUUCCCCACGAUCCGCCCAAAAUUCCAUUCGGAAACACCGCCGAAUUUAUGAAAACCAUGCAGAUAUCGGCGAUCUUUAAGCGGACGUACUUCAAGUUCAAGAACAAGACCGACGGUCCUUUCGUGGGAUUUUAUUUUUAUUUGAAACAAAUGGCCAUAGUCACGGAUGUCGAUUUUGUGAAAACUGUGUUGAUUCGCGAAUUCGACAAGUUUCACGAUCGUGGCAUAUUCCACAACGAGCGGGACGAUCCUCUCUCCAAUAAUCUGGUGAACAUCGAGGGGCAGAAGUGGAGGACUCUCCGGCAAAAACUGACGCCCACCUUCACCUCCGGCAAAAUGAAGAGCAUGUUUCCCACCGUGCUGACCGUGGGUGAUGAGCUGAUCCAGGUAUUUAAUGAGAAGAUCUCCGCCAGCCCCAAGGAUUCCCUGGAGCUCCACGAUCUGGUGGCACGCUUCACGGCCGACGUGAUCGGUAGCUGUGCUUUCGGCCUGGAUUGUCACAGCCUGACGGAUCCCAAGGCGGAGUUCGUCAAGAUGGGAACCGAUGCCAUCACCAAACGGCGUUGGGGUAAGUCCAUGGAUCUGUUUCUGUUCGGGGCUCCCAAGCUGGCCGCCAAGCUGCGCAUGAAAGGGUUGGUCCAGGAGGUCGAGGACUUCUACAUGAAUAUCAUCAAGGACACCAUCGAGUAUCGCAUCAAGAACCAAGUAAAGCGGAAUGACUUUAUGGACAUGCUGAUUGACCUGAAGCUGAAGUACGACGGCGGCAACAAGCAGGAUGGCCUCACCUUCAACGAGAUUGCCGCCCAGGCCUUCAUCUUCUUCCUAGCGGGCUUUGAGACCAGCUCUACUACUAUGGCAUUCGCCUUGUUCGAGCUGGCCUGUAACCAGGAUAUUCAGGAUAAACUGAGGGCAGAAAUCGACGGCGUUCUAGAGAAGCACAAUGGCAAGCUGGACUAUGACAGCAUGCGAGAGCUGACGUAUCUGGAGAAGAUUAUUGAUGAAUCCCUGAGAAAGCAUCCAGUGGUUGGCCAUUUGAUUCGCAUCACCACCCAACGCUAUGAGCACAUCAACCCAAAGUAUAACCUGGAGCCGGGCACUGGGGUGAUUGUGCCCACUUGGGGCAUCCACCACGAUCCGGAGUUCUAUCCAGAGCCAGAGAAGUUCAUACCGGAGCGCUUUGAUGAGGAGCAGGUGAAGCAGCGACCCGCUUGCACUUUCCUGCCCUUCGGAGACGGUCCCCGGAAUUGUAUUGGCUUGCGAUUUGGAAGGAUGCAAGUCGUGGUGGGUAUGACCCUGCUCAUCCACAACUUCAAGUUCGAACUGCAUCCCACGGGGACAAAGGCUCCGCUAGAGUACCGCAGCGAUGACAUCCUGCUGAGUCCCAAGGGAGGAAUGCAUCUUAAAGUGAGCAGGGUGGGAAAGUAAUCAAGUUUAUUUAAAAGUAAUUAAGACUUUGCCUCUGGCAGCUAAGGCGCAGUUGGAUAAUUAGGGGUUUGUGAGAAAUAUGCAUUCUAGCUACCUGAAUGCAGGCUAACUCAGCGUUGGCCUUGUAUAGUAAUAGAGGAAUAAUUUAUUUAAGCUUUCUGCUUUCUGUUAAACCCUUUUAUUAAGAUUAAAAAUAUUGUAUUAUAUUUCGUUGUAUUUUAUAAAUUAUAUACUUUUGUUUGCAAGAAUACAAGAAACUUCUAAGGGUG